ACAGAAAUGGCAGCUGCCAGCACCUCUUCGACCCUCCACUCACUGUCCUUUUUCCUCCUACUUCUGGUUGCUCUCAGCGAGGCAACCAUGUUAAACAUCACCAACCGGUGCUCCUACACCGUGUGGCCGGCUGCUUUGCCCAUAGGCGGUGGGGUGCAGCUCAACCCAGGGAGGACAUGGACCCUCAACGUGUCCGGCCUCACCUCCCGCGGGCGCCUGUGGGCGCGCACGGGCUGCUCAUUCGACAGCAGAGGCAACGGUUCAUGCCAGACAGGCGACUGCAGUGGCGUGCUUGCCUGCAAAGGCCAUGGUCGGCCACCCAACACGAUGGCCGAGUUUAUAAUUGGCCAGUUCAACAGUACGGAUUUCUUCGACAUGUCCUUCGUCGACGGCUUCAAUGUUCCCAUGGACUUUCUGCCGGUGCCGGCGCAGGGAGGGACAGGGUGCAGCAAAGGGCCGAGCUGCGCCGCCAACGUCACAUCGCAGUGCCCAAGCGAGUUGAAGGCUCCUGGAGGCUGCAACAAUGCGUGCACUGUGUUCAAGCAGGACAGAUACUGCUGUACUGGGAAUGCAGCGUACAAUUGUGUACCCACCAAAUAUUCUAUGUUCUUCAACCAAAUGUGCCCAGACGUCUACGUCGACUCCAUGGAUACUGACUGGAACAAGACAUUCACUUGCCCAUUGGGUACCAACUACCAGAUCGUCUUUUGUCCACAGAUUAAUCUAACAACUUCUCCAAGCACCGGAUUGUCAUCCAGCAAAGGACGCAUUGGUCUGAUUCUAGGUACCAUAGUCAGUUUCAUCUUAAUCACCGCAUUCAUCCUUUUUGUCAUACAUAGACGAAGAACACGACGGCACCAGGAGAUGGAGGAAGAGUUUGGGAAGCUACAAGGAAGACCAAUUAGGUUCACAUUUCUUCAGUUAGAAGUAGCAACCGAGCAAUUCAGAGACAAGCUUGGGGAAGGAGGAUUUGGUUCUGUGUUUGAGGGCAAGCUUGGCGGGGGAAAAAUUGCGGUAAAACGUUUAGAUCAUGCAGGUCAAGGGAGGAAAGAAUUUUCAGCAGAGGUUCAAACAAUCGGAAGCAUCCACCAUAUCAAUCUGGUCAAACUGAUUGGUUUCUGCGUGGAGAAAUCACAUAGGCUUUUGGUGUACGAGUAUAUGCCCAAAGGGUCUUUGGACAGGUGGAUCUAUUGUCAGCAUGAGAAUAAUGCUCCCCCUCUGGAUUGGAGCAUGCGAUGCAAGAUUAUCACUCACAUAGCUAAGGGCCUCUCUUAUCUUCAUGAGGAGUGCAUGAAAAGAAUUGCUCAUUUGGAUAUCAAGCCACAAAAUAUCCUCUUAGACGACAACUUCAAUGCAAAAAUUUCUGAUUUUGGAUUAUGCAAGCUCAUUGAUAGGGAUAUGAGCCAAGUAGUUACUCGAAUGAGAGGCACGCCUGGAUAUUUGGCUCCUGAAUGGUUGACAUCACAAAUCACGGAAAAGGCCGAUGUUUACAGCUUUGGUGUUGUGGUCAUGGAAGUCAUCAGCGGAAGAAAGAACAUCGACGCCUCUCGAUCGGAAGAGAGCAUCCAUCUCAUUGCCCUAUUGGAAGAGAAGGUGAAGUGCGAUAACUUGGUAGAUUUGAUUGACAAGAACAAUGACAACAUGGAAGCACACCAGCAGGAUGCAAUUCAGAUGAUGAAGCUCGCGAUGUGGUGUUUGCAGAUUGAUUGCAAAAGAAGGCCGAAAAUGUCCGAGGUAGUCAAGGUCUUGGAAGGCACCAUGUAUGCAGAGAGCAAUAUAGAUCAUAACUUUGUCUCAACAAAUCAAGCUACUUUCGGGAUUCCUGGAAGUGUGACCUCCUCUGUUCCGCCUCUAGCCUCACAUGUAUCAGGCCCUAGGUGAAACCAGACGGUGUUGGCAAGAUAUGCAAUCAGAUUAUGAGUAGGCAGGGGAUUUUCUGAUGUAAAGAAAAAAAAGGCAUCUGCUGUAUUUUGUCAAAUUACUACAAUCUUAAGCCCCUUAUCUUCAGUUCA